CAUAGUACCUGCAGACUUUUCAAUGAAGCAGGAAAUUUGAAAGACUGUCCUGCCUAUAUUGGCAGUUUGUCAGUCACUUCCCUCUGUGUCUGCAGAAUAUCUGAUAGACUCUUCUGUGACGCAGGAAUUUUGAAGGACUGUCCAGCCUUGUUUUGGCAAAGAUCAACAAUGUUUUCUCUGUGUGUCUUGCAGAAUAUUUGCAUAGCACAUUGGCAUCAAAGGCAAGAACAGUUUCUUUACUCAGUGGCUAACCUUGCCACAACAAAAGCAAACUCCACAAAGAGUCUCUUCAAUGCCCAUCGUCUUUUCUGAAGUAAAUUGGUGUUGCCAGGAGCAGAUGAGUCUCAUAGUCAUGAAAAUCUUUAAAUUAACAAAACAUUUAAAUUCUAUAGGUCUUUGAAGUAUAUGAAGACCAUCUAUCUAAAAAUGCAUCUAUUUAACCUAGAAAACAUAUCUACAAAAAUUGUUAUAAAUGACUACUACGUUUCUUGAUUGUCCUAUAUAGUUUAUAAUAAAAGCUUUCAAAAACUAGAAGGUUAUCUUACAUUUUUAAAUGAACUACACAGAUACAAUAACUUAAACAAGAGGAGAAAUACAUAUACAAUAUGUGGUAACAAAUACAACCUUAAAUUUGUAUCAAUCAGGCCAGCCUGGUCUACAAAGCUACACAGAGAAACCCUAUCUUGAAAAAAAAUUGUAACAAUCUACAAAAACCCUUUAGACAAAAGUAGAAACAUAUAUACAGUGUAACAAAAAUAACAUUAAAUUUGUAUCAAUAUACUAAAAUACUUUAAACAAAAUUAGAAAUAUAUAGUGUAUUGUAACAAAAAUGACCUUAAAUUUUUCUCACACCUUACAAAUACAAAGUAUUUUAGAUCAAUACUUGUCCCUUAGUUUAUAAUAGAUUCAACAAUCUACCCUUUCAUCCUAUCAAUCCUACAUCCUUCCUCUUUUCCUUUUUUUCAAAGAGAUCCCUGAAUAUAAUAUCAUUUGCAUAAUUUCCUCCCUUGCCAACACCAGUAACAAUUAAUAAACAUCCCCCAUAAAUUAUGACAAGCAUCCAUAACCCACCAAAUAACUAAAAGCCUCUCACACUGUUGGGAAUGUGGGUAUUGUUUUCUCUAGACUGCUUCUUGCUGGUUGUGGGUAAGAAGACACCAUUAGGAUCCCAGAGAGAAAAUUGAGAUAAUGACCAAGUCCUGCAAAGACCAGCUAUAAUUUUGUUGAUAGACAUCACCUGUCAAGUUUCAGGUGGUCUUCUUUGACCAAACCUGACCCAUAUCUACCUGGAACGAACUCACAGCCUCUUGUUUCCUAUGGAAGUAAAAGCAAAACCAUUUCUCCAAAGCAUUUUUUUUAUUUCCAUGUGACAAAUAACAUUUGACUUUUUUAAAGUUAAGGCAUUCCUAAAGUAUAUAGGCUUGUUUAUUUCCACUCCAGGUCUCUUAGCAGCUGUCCUUUGCUUUUAGCAAUCAAAUAAUUCAAAAUCAACACAAUAGCAUACAGGAUCCAGACUCUUUGUGUAUUUCCCAUCUUUAUGUGCCUUAUUAUUUUUUUAUUAUUUUUACUCUCUCUUUAAAGACAUCUAUUGUAUUAUUUUAAGUUGUUUAUUUCUUUCUAUGACUGUCCAUACCUGUUUCUUUCUUUCUUAAGCCUAUGCACAUUGUAAACACACUGGAACCCAUUCAGAGGUUUUUCCAUCUGGACCUCUUUUACUGUGUAUCUCUAGUCUUUUUUGACCAAAGGAGCAAACGUUAAACUGUUAAGCUACACCUGUGUUCUCCCAGUGCAGCUCUAUCAGCUGGCUCGGCCCACUUCUUGGGGCAGGAAAGCCAAGUGUAAAGUUUUCCUCCUGGUCCGAGGCUCAUGGAAAACUGCAUUAAACCUUUCUAUCUAUGGGAGCCAGUACCUGCGUUGUUGCAAGCAGUUUUUACUUAGCUUGCUGUUUGUAGCUUCUAUUUAGCAUUGCCAGCUAAACAGCAGUGUCUCUUAAAGGAGCCAUGCCCCGCCCCCACACACACACACUUUCUCAGGCUCUAUCUAGAUGGAUGUCCAAACACCACCAUGGUACUCAUUUUGUAGUUGUAGUUUUGUCUCUACUCUUUUGGCUCUUUGAGGGGCCCAUCACUCAGCUUCCAAAUAAAUCACACACAGAGGCUUAUUCUUAGUUAUGAGGGCCUGGCCUUAGCUUGGCUUGUUUCUAGCCCUUCUAUCUUUUCCCUCUGGGCUUUUAUCUUUUUUUCUAUAUGUCUUACUUUCCUUCUUACUCAGUGCCAUCGACCACCCCUUUGCUGAGGGAUGCAUCAGCAUGUCCUGGGACUUCUACAGGGACUGAGAGAGUUGGAAAGAAACUCUCCCAGCCUCCUUGGUCUACGGAGGAAACAAUGGAUGGGCACCUUUGCAGGGAACACACUGACAUCAGCACUGCCUUGGUAUGUGGGUGCGGCCAGAGAGCUUUGGACCAAACUGUGCUGACUGUAAGGCCAAAGGAGACACCCCGGGCACUGGGCACAGAACAUCUCCUCUGGGAGGUGGAAGAGCUCGAAGGUAGACCAGCAGUUUGUUCAUUGAAGUUACAGGGGAAAGUCAAAGAAAAAACUGAAGAAUGGUGGCAUGUCUACCACCCCUGCAAACACUACCUCGGAAACAAACGAAGUCCGGGAAACUAUGGCCUACUACCAACCUGUACCAACCCGAACAUGUUGGACACCACCCGCUAUGGGUUGGGCAGAAGAUGGCGUGGGCCUGGCAGAGGUUGAGUCACCAGGACUGUGCCAAAGGCUUGAUGUGGCAGGAGGUGACAUGACAAAGGCACUAGAGUGUGCCAGGUGGGUGCCAGCCGUCUUAGCUGUCAGGACUGGUCUGGGACAGAAGGACAGCCCUUGGAUAUAUUUUUAACGGAGGCAUUUUCCCUGUGUGCAAACAGCUGCCUCUCUCUGCCGGCUUCUUUCCUGAGACUGAAUAGGCCAGAGGACAAGGCUAAGGACAGGUAGCAGGGGCAGGAGGCUUAGAAUGGAUGAUACUCUGGCCUGUGGUUUAAUCCUGCUUCACUUAUUUUCUUCAUUGGUCAGGAGAUAAAAAACAGUUGAGGAGAGAGAGGCUGAGAGAAAACGUCAACGACCCAGAGAUUCAGUAACCAAACAGCAGGAAGUGAUGAGAGUCUCCAAACAACUUUGAGAUGACUUUGGAAGGGACCCUGAUGCCACAUUGACUGAGCACCAACAGCCACUAGCCUGAUGUCCCCCACAAAAUGCAGAGUCAGGAGGAGCACCUCAUUGAGGCUGCACAAUGAAAGUGUGUAACAAGGAGGUCCAUGCAUGUAGCUGCUCGUCUUUCAGCUGAGGCUGUUCUAGUGAGGACAGGCUGGGUGCUAGGUCCCUGGAGGAGAAGUGGGGGCUUCUCAUGAACGCACGUGCACCUUUACACCCGUAUCAUGUGGGGUCUGCCAUAUGUCCCCAAGGACCCAAGACUAGUGAUCAUCUCUUGAACCUCUGCUGUAAGACAUCAGCAGUAAACACGGCACAGGUAGCCCAGAAGUAAUGUGGUUGGAUAGAGACCUUCCAAGCAUCAGCAGUGUGCAGACAUAGGCUCUGAGAGAGGCCCUGCUCCUCAGGCCAUUCCCAGGCCCUGCCUGAAGCAGUUACACUGAUGACAAGUGCUUUGUUUUCCCGCUGGACAUCAGUUUAAGAGGUAGAAUGAUUACCCUAGCAUGCACUCAUUCACAAGGCCUUGGGUUCGAGCCCCAGCACUCCAGAUACCGAGUGUGGUGGCACAUGCCCGCUGAUGAAGAGAUCCCAGGAGGCAUGGGAGUGAGGAGUUAAUCCUAAUAUUCACCCAGGUCAACCGGAGGAAGGGCUCCUGGCAUGGCAGGCACCUCCAAGACACAUUCCUGUGUGUCCUUUUGUUGACUCCUCCCCCGCAUUCCAAUCUCUACUUGUGCUGGAGCAAAGCAGUGGAGACGGUGUCCACGGAGCAGAUUAACCAUACUUUGCCCCAACCUGCCCAUGAUUAGGCAGCCAUUCCCUGGCUGGCAGUCCUUGGAGGGACAGACACAAUCCAGGAAACACUCAGCAAGAGUUGUGACCAGGACAUCAUAGCAAAAUGGAGCUCAUUUCUAGACCUCACAUACUCAGGUGUGUGUGUUUCUGGUACUGGGGAGACAGCUCAUCGAGAAAAGCCACUUGUCAUACAAACAUGAAGAUGUGUGUUUGCUUCCUAGAACCCACAUUUUAAAAAGCUGAGCACGGUGGUGACUGCUCAUAAUCCCAGCACUGGGGAAGGGGACAUGGGCAGGUCCCUGGAGCUCAUGGGCCAGUCAACCCAGCCUAGUUGCUGAACUACAAACUAGUGAGAGAGCCUGUUUCAUCAAAGUGGAUGGCUCCUGAGGAAUGGCCCCCGAGGUUUCCUGGCUACUAAACACACAUAUGUGUGUAUACAUGUCCCUGUACCCAUGAACUUGCCUGGGCACACAUAACAGACACAAAGCCAAAUGCUUCUCUGUCUACUUUUCAGGGCACAAUAGGCCACUGUCAUUGUCCUUUCCACGUGUCAUCUCUGGCCACACACCUCAUCCUUACUGUUUUCUCAGCUAGCAGGCUGUACAUUUUUUCUCUCUUUGAAACAGGGUCUCAGUGUAGUUCUGGCUGUCCUGGAACUCACUAUGUGGGCCAAACUAGCCUUGAGCUGAGCUCCAGCUGCCUCUAACCUCCUGAGUACCGGCAUUAAAGCCUGCUGUCUGUAAGCUUCUUAAUUCAGGGUCUCUGCACAUAUGGGCCACAAAGUGCUAUUUCCCACACACUUUGUCUGUGAAGCAGUCUGAAAAGCAGCAGGUUUAGUGGACAUUGUCUGAGGAACCCAUGACAUGCCUGUUGUCAUUCUCCACACAUGAAGAAAUACUGCUGUGCCUGGCCUGCCCGCAGCUUGCUCUGAGCCAGGAUGUAUUCUGACUGUUCAAAACACUACUGGUGUUUUGGUCCCAUGCAGGCUCCCCAGCUGUCAGUCUAGAGUCUGAAAGCUCCCACAAGCUCUCAGCUGUGCUCAGCUGUCUCUGUGGGUUUCCACAUCAUGAUCUUGGCCUCCCCCCUUGCUCAUAUAAUCCCUCCUCCCUCUCUUCACUUGGACUCCCAGAGCUCAGCCUGGUGCUUAGCUGUGGAUCUCUGCAUUGCUUCCAUCAGUUACUGGAUGAAAGUUCUAUGAUGGCAGUUAGGGUAAUAAUCAAUCUGAUUACAGGAGAAAGCCAGCUCAGGCACCCUCUCCUCUAUUACUAGGCGUCUUAGAGGUCAUCCUUGUGGAUUCCUGGGAGUUUCCCUGGCACCAGGUUUCUCCCUAACCUCAUCAUGGCUCCCUCUAUCAAGAUAUCUCUUUCAUUGCUGUCCCUCUCCAUCUCUCCCCCAACCCGGCCAUCCUGAUAACUCAAGUUCCCAUCCCUUAUCCCCAUCCCCCUGCGUUCCCCGUCCCCAAUUUACCCAGGAGACCUCGUCUAUUUCCCAUUCCCAGGGCUAUUUAUGGGACCCUCUUAGGGUCCUUGCUUGUUACCUAGCUUCUCUGGAGCUGUGGAUUGAAGCCUGGUUAUCCUUUGCUUUACGUCACUAUCCACUUACGUCAUCCUGGUGCAUGAGCUGGCUUUCUGGAGCCCAUUCCCUAUGGUGGGAUGCCUUGCUCAACCUUAAUUCGGGGGGGGGGGGGGCGGGGGGAGACUUAGUCUUGCCUCAACUUGAUAGGCCAUGCUUCAUUGACUCCUAUAGGAGGCCUAACCCUUUCUGAGGAGGUGGGGGAGGCAAUGGGAGGAAAGGAAGAAGCGGAAACUGUGGUUGGUGUGUAAAAUAAAAAAUUCAAUUAAAAAAAAACCACUAGUUUAGAUAAUGCUUAGGCACUGGGAAUUUUAGCAAAAACAAAAAAAUAAAAACAAAACACAAAUGAACAAACAAAAACUCUCCUGAAUCUUAUUCCUCUAACGGAAGUCAUGGACACUCAACAGCUUCAAUAGGCUGUUAGAUGUGCUAGCAGGGAGGACUGGCAUGUGCUCACUCUCUCUCCAGCACUUUCACUAUUCUGAGGGUUCUUCUGCUGCCAUAGGAGUUGUGGAGCUGUGUGGCACCGAUAGGACCAUUCAGCACCACGACCAGAGUCAAAGACCUGGCGGGCUUCACCUCUGCUCCUCCACUGCACUCCAAGCCAAUGUGAGAAAGAACCCCAUCACUUCCAAAUCACUGCUACCCUGGGUCCCACUGUCUGCAGGUUUCACCUAGACGAAGACUCAGUCCACAGCCAGUGACUCUAGCAGCUGCCAUUCUGUUUCUGCUCUUUUAUGGAGGCAAGUAAGCCAUCACCAUUUCUUGGCUUUGUAAAUCUGAGUAUCUAUGAAAAUGCAAGCCUGACUCAGGCCUUGGAGAGAGAGCUCAGGUACGCAGCGCCAUUCCUCUGGUCCACCCCUCUGCGGUUCAGCUCUGGGACUGCAGAGUUGGGAGAACUGCAGAGUUAGAGAGAAGGGGCUAGUGCCUGCUGAAUGUCCCACAUGGCAGGUGUGACGUGUGCACAUUGUCUUUCACCCUCACAGCAACCGAGCGAAGGCAGAGGUUUCCUCUAGCUCCCAGCCACAUGUGUGCCCAUAGCAAAGGCGAGAAAGACAGUUCUUGUUACAUCAGGCUGCCUCCUGUUACAUAAAGUGGGCAUUCCUGAAGAGGCUUGUGAAGUUAGGCCAAGGACCAGAUCCUACCAGUUUUCAUUUUGAUUUUGGAAUUGAAAAAAAAAAAGGGGGGGGGGAGAUUAAAGAUGGACAGUUGCCAUCACUAUCUGCCUUUCAAGCACGUAGGAUCGCCAGGCAUGGUCCAAACCCCUGUGUAAUUCCACCUGAUCCUCCCCAUGGGCUCUGCAGGGUGCACACACUCUGAGGCUUGAUGGAGUCAACUCAUUUGUACAACUGCUGAGCAGCAGAGCUGGGAUUUGAACUGAGUUCUGUCUGACGUCAGUAGGUCUGUAUGUCCUGGGGCAUCGGGGAAAUCACAGUGGAAAAUUUUCAUGUGCUACUUGGUUGGAAAGAAAAAUAUUUGCUGGAUGUUUGCAUUUAAUUUUGAGCCUUUUGAGGCAGGGUCUCCUGUAGUCGUCCAGACUGAUGUAUUACUCACAGUUCUUCCUCUUCCCUAGUACUGGGAUUACGGGAAUGCAGCACCACACCCAGAUAAAAGUAUUUCCCAAUAAAAUGACAGCAGCCAGUAUUUAAAGUCAAACAUCACAUAAAAGUUAUAUCACCCUGUAAGGCAGAGAAGCUGUGGGCGAAGGGUUCCUUGGUUUCCACCCCACCCCUACCCCCCACCUCACUGCAGAGUGUGUAGCUUUUUCAGAGAUCCUGUGGGAUAGCCAGGGGGUACAUCAUUCAAGUUCUUAGUUCAAGUUUGCCACCGGCAAAGUUAGAGGGAAACCUCCCAGCUAGGAAUUAAAAAUGUUGGUCUCUGGAGUAGAUGGUCCUCAGACCUUCCCUGCUAGACACGGUGAACACUUGACAUUGACACAACAGAGGCAGUGGCAAUGUCAGGGUAUACCUGGAAUGUCAAUCACUGAACCUCUCCUCAAAGCUUUACUGUUAUCCCAGGGUGAUUGGUCACCUAAUAGUUAACCACUCAGGCCCUAACUCAAGGCAUCGUUCAGUUACCGUGUCUCCUGUUCUACUUGAGUGUUCAAAGCUGGCUGUUGCUUUUAUGGAGAAGCCUAAUUGCUGGGCAGUCUUAUACUUGCUGCUUCCUUCUCCAAACCUCCUCCCCGUGACCUAGCUUUAGACUGUGGGCUGCACCACACCUUCUCUGGUCCUGCAUGGACAUCCUGCUAUGUCUUCAUCUACGGAAUAAGGUGCGCUCAUAGCUUAGCUUAGUAACAGGGGACAUUAAAGGAUACUUAUUUCACAAACACAACAAAAAACAAAUUAGAUUUCUUCUGUAGCCCCAUGCACUUUUCUCUGACACCCUAUGCUUGAGUUUCCUGCAUUUUUGUGGCAAGAGGCCUGCAUGGAAAACUCGGUGUAUAGGGAAGCUUUUGUCCAGUUGAAGCAUUUUAAAUUAUUGUUUAAUUAUUGAAAAGGGGCAAAAACAAGAGAACCUUAGAUCCUAAAGUGAGCAGUAGCGAGUGAGCAAAAGGGCAGCCUGUAAAGUUCCCAGACUUGUGGGAACUCUGUGUCCCAUGAUGUCUGCAAAUGAAUCACUUGUGUUCAUACAUUUGAUGCUACUGUGAAAAAAAAAUGUCCCUAGAAUGCACAUCCCAGAUACCUGUUGUAAGCCAGAGCUGCCUUCUUCCUAGUUCCUAUCAUUGACAGAAUACUUGCUUUGGUUCAGAGUGUGAGAGUAAUGCUGAAAUUCCUGUUAGACACAUGGAUUGCCUCAUAUUUAUAUGAAAACUUUUGUGUCUCUGAGCUGACAUUGUUCCUUCCUGGUAUCCAGAAGCCUGGAGCUGCAGAUGAGCUUGAGGAUAAUUCCCGUGUAAGGAUGGCAGAGAAAGAUGGUAGGGUUUUGCAUGUGGGAUGGACCCACAGCCUCUCCUGCAGACUCGGACUUCUUCAGCAUUGCUUUAGCUGAGCAUCCAGCCCACUUGUUUAAGACACUGUUAAUGUGGCCCUUUGAUACUUGAAGCCAAAGACAAAUAGGAAUCAGGAACCCGCUUAUGUUCCUAGAUCCUCAGAAGUCUAUGUGUGCAUUUCCUUAAGUGUAUAGAAAAGCUUCACAGCCGUGUUACCUGGGGACUGUACUUCAGAUCUUCUGUAUCCAGCCAGAGACAGAGAAAUACAGGGUGGAGUUAAAUGCAAAAGAAAAUAAAAGAAACACAGGUAGUUACAUGUGAGUAGUUACUUGGCUUCAGUGUACCAUUAGCUUAGCAAAAUUUGAGUCUGUCCAUCCCAAGUGCUGAUAAGGCUGUGGGCAACUGCAUUCUCAACUCUGGUGAGUGGGUAACCUGGGGGAGCCACUUUGGGAAAGUGUGAAGAUGCAGUAAGCAAAGAAAUGUGUACUGCAGGAAUGCUUGCACACUUGUGCCCGAGUUGGAGAGGGUGUCAUUCACUGGGACAUUGUUCUCUAACAUUGAAGACCCUGAGGCAGCCCAAGUGUAAGGGUAGUGAGUGGAUAAAAGCAGCCAGGUGCAGUAAAAGGACGAAGAUAAAAAGCAAAAGCAAAACCCAGAUCUUCAUGGGUGCAAAGGGACUCUGUGGCAGCUCUGGAGAGCUAAGUGUUACAAUUAGAGGGCUGCCACAAGCUUGUAGACAGGCCACCUCUUGCCAGAGAUAGUCAUGUCCAAAGGAGUUACAAUGUAGAUAUUGGAGAAAGCUACAGGUCACCGCACACACCACUGGAAGCUGGUGUGCAGACUUUAGUGGCUGGGUUUACUUUAAAAGGCAAGCGUGGGGGGAGAGGAGGCUGGGGAGUUACUCCAUUGCUGUCAAGUUUCAGUUGUGCAGGAUGAGUAUGUUCUAGAGAGCGCCCCCCAGCACAGGGCCAGAAGUACAGUAUACUCACUUAAAACUGUGGAAAAGACUAGGUCUCCAGGACCAUGUUCCUACCCACACAUGAGAGGGUGAGGCUGGGGUACACAGGCAAGCACUUGAAGGAGAUGGUCUCUUUUAUUUGGAUUGUGGUACUGUUUUAGGCACUUGUCCAGAUUUCUCAGAUUGUAUGCGUUGGCUACAAUGAGUUUAUUGCCUACCAAUUAUGCCUCAAUUUGGCUUUUAGAAAAAUAAAACUUGAAUUGUAUAGCCCAGGCUGACUUUAAUCUCUCCGUCCACCUGUCUCUCUGCCUUCAGAGUGCAGGCAUGUACCUCUGUGGCUGACAGUGUGGCUGUUUUACAAUCAGAGUCGAGGAUGACAGUAUGAAUGGGCCUCAUCCAAUCAGGUGAAGGCCCCUAGGAAGAAAGAUCAGGCCCCAUCAAAGAAAGACUCCUGCUGCCAGCCACCUCCAGAUACAAGACCACAACCCUAACUCUUGCCAAGCCUGGCAGCCAGCUACAGCUUACCACCCCACCCCAUGGUCACACGGCAACCUCAGUGAUGAGCGUGUUCUCCCUCUCACCUCUCCACAUACACAGCUGUUUUGCCUACAUAUAGUCUCUGUACCACGUGUCACCAGUGCUUUUGGAGGCCAGAAGAGGACAUCAGAUCUCCUGGAACUGGAGUUAGGAGCCUCCUUGUGGGUGCUGGGAAUUGACUCCAGGCCCGUGCAAGAGUGGACAGUACUCUUACCUACUGCGCCACUUCAGCCCCAUGUCUUCAGCUCUGAGUCUGCAGAUGGAAGAGCUUGGUCGCUUACCUACACCCAAGCAAACUAAUGCUGCAGGGUGCAGUUCUUUGCUUUUAAUGAUGGCGUGGGGUUUUGCGUGAAGAAAGCUCAGAUGAGUAGUGCAGGGAAGCAUGGAGGGUGCUCACUCGCCCGGAAGCCCUGCUGUUGACACCCACAGUGUUCGGAGAGCCAGUGAAUUCCAAGGGAACGAACAAUCCCGGCUCCCAUCCUGCUCCUGCCUCUCCACCCUGCCUCAUCUUGUUCUGCUCUGUGCGUUUGCUACUUCGUUUCUUUUCAGAGGCAGGUUUUCUUUCUGCCCUGGUUAAGUUCACAAAAGGCCUCUCAGCCAGAGAGCGGUGAGCUACAGGCCUGGGGCUUUGUCCAGGGGAGAAAGGAACAAAACGGUAGUAGCCCUGAGGGUGGGGCAGGAGAGGCACCCUGGGGGGCGGGGGUAUGUGCAUCUCUUUCACCUCAGCCGGGACACACUUGAAUGCAUUUGUGAGACUUGCCCUUGAACACUGCCCUCUUGAGACUGCUGUUCUUGUCACCUGGCUUUAAAUGUCACUGCUGAAAAGAGUUUCCCUGACACCCCUGAAUGUUUCUAAACUUGAAGUUUCCAGUGAAGAUGGAAGACUGUGGAGAUAAACAAGAAGCACCUGUCCCAGAUGCCAGUCAAAUGGGUUUGUUUUGUUUUGUUCUCAGCACUGGGAAUCGAACCCAGGGCCCCAUACAUGCUAGGCAAGCAUUCUACCAUUGAGCUACCUCUCCAGUCCUCUUUCCCCCUUAUUUUGAGAGAGAAUUUCACUGAAUUCCCUGGGUCAGCAUUGAACUCACUUUGUAGUUCAGCUAAAGACUUGAACUUGUGAUUCUCCUGCCUCAGACUCCUGAGUAACUGGAGUUACAAGUCUGCACCACCAUCUUGAAAAACACUAACAAAGCAGACACCAAAACUGGAAAGCCUUGUUCCGCAUAGCGCAGGUUGCAGCAGUACAGGGAAGAGUUCAGUUGCGCUGGGCAUUGUGGUUGCCUUAGCCAUAGGUGCCACUGAGCCCUGUAAAUGCUGCUAGUGCCACUGAGCAAGUCACCUUUUCAGCAGAUGACAGUCUACAUUUUAUUUCAUUGAAAACUGAGACAGCUAUUGCUGUUUACGUAUGAAAUGCUACCCGGAGGCGCAUGUGUUUAAUGCUUGCUCCACAGCCAUCAGUCUCUUUUGUGAUGUUCUGGAAACCUGACGGGGUGGAGCCCUGUGGGGGAAGUAUGUCACUUGGGGACACGUCACUGCUUCCUGGCCACCCUGAAGUACACAGCCUUUGCCAACAUGUUCCCACUACUGUGAAACCAUGAGCCAAAAUGACUUUCCUGCCUUAAUGUUGUUGAUGGCAGGCAUUUUAUCUCAAUGACAGGAACACAGCUUCCUGUGACUAAUGGCUUCCAUAUUGGACAGCACAGCCAUGGGGGCUUCCCUAACUCCCUCAGGGCCGUGUCUGCCAGCAUAGCUUGAGAAGGAACACUCGUAACAGGUCAACUCCUGAUUCCCUGGCCACUGUGUGUCCAUAUCUGAAGCACUGUCAUAGCUGUAGGGAACCUCGAAGUCGUCAAGACACACCAAGACCAAGUUCUCAGCACAAAGAUGGAAAGACACACACAGCCCAAGUGGCUGGACUUCUCUGUGUUUACCUAAGUCUCCAGGAUUUCACCCCAAGUUUGUACGACACAUGUUCCUGCACACCAGAAGAGGGCACCAGAUCUCAUUACAGAUGGUCGUGAGUCAACAUGGGGUUGCUGGGAAUUGAACUCAGGACCUCUGGAAGAGCAGCCAGUGCUCUAACCUCUGAGCCAUCUCUCCAACACGCCUAGAGAGAGGGUGAGGACACUGUGGAUCGGGGACAUCCAGCAGUCUGCAGUGUGUAGAAACCAGCAAGAUGGAAACCUUUCCUGUUAUAAGCCACUAUGUGAAGACAGCAUAGGAGAAACAUCCUCAUGGGCCCAGAGAUCAUGUUUACUAGCAACCUGGUCUGGGAAAUGCCUGCCACAUGUAAGAUAGUGAAGAACUCGGACACAAAGGGCGGUCACGCUGUUGAGGCUCUCAUAUGAACUUCACAGACAGGAUCAACAUUGGGUCUGAGCACACAGUGUGUGCUAAGAAAAGAAUAUUUUAUUGACUUGAAUCUUCAUAGAACGUUUAUCAUUUAGAGGUGCUAACUUUAGACCUUCCUGCAAGUUGGUUCAGUACUCAGUGAACAGCCAUGGGCCCAAAGAAACAAACCAAGUUUCUCGAUGACAGGACUUCAAAGACUAUGGAAAAUGUCUCUGUUAAAUUUGAGAAAAAAACAGAUCCAGAUGACGAGCUAUUUGAUACGACUGGGCCAUCAAAAUUUGUCCUUAAGAACCUCAGAUACUACACAACCCAUCCAAAUAUGGCCAAAUACUAUGAGCCUUUGAAGCCCAGUAAACUGCAAAGAUUCCUGACCCAAAGGAAGAAAAUGAAUAGUUUUAUGAUAAAGGUGGCAGAGUAUGAUCAGGAUAUGACCUUACUGCUCAUGACCAACAACCCACCUCCCUGCUCCGUCAGCCUGCAGGAAGAUGAUGGCUCGCCAAAAUACUUUCCCCCGGACUUUCAGUUCAAGGAAACUCAACUUCAGCCCAAACCCACCAAGAACUUCUUCCUUCCCACAAUGCCUCAGAAAAAGAAGUUAAGACCAGAUCUGAAGACAGUCUUCCCUAUGAAAUGGAUAGGUGAUCCUCCAUCCAAGGGACAACAGUGGUUUAGGUUUUCCACUGACAAUGAUUUCAAGACUGAAGGGAAGUACUCUGAAGUCUAUGCUUUGAGGAAACAGAGAAAAAUGUAUCCUAACCUCAUCUUUGCUCCAGCCUCCCAGAGAGAGGCAAAGAAAGACGUUUCCAAGAAGUCAGAGGAUGCGACACCAACUUCGUCCAUGCUUUUGGAACCACUGACAUUUUUAAAGCUUCUGGAGGAGAAGCCUACCAGAACUGUGCCAGGGGAGAACGUCUUUCGCUAUGGAAGAGCUCAGCAGUGGGUUAUCCAAAAUGCCACCGUCAUUAAGUGAAGACAAAUCCUUCACCCCUUCCUGGCUCUCCAAGAACUGAGGAGGCCUGGAGAAGUCACCAACUAACCAAAUAAAGUUCCACACUUGCUGCCUCAGACCCGAGUUGCAGAACCUGGGACGAGGGGCGGGGCACGCCUGCGGGCAGGGUCUGGCCCUGGCCCCGCCCCCGU